AUGGAUGAGAGGAGGAGAAUCGUGAUUUUGUACGUGGUCGACUCCUUGUACGUGGUCGACUCCUCGUACGAGAACGCGAUGAUUUCCUAUGCUGACGUCGGCACCUUUCUUCACUCUUUGGCCGUGAAGCCGAUCGUGAUUUCACAUGUCUUUCCCGACGAGGUUGGGGACUCUUUGAUUGGGCUGACGAACGUUGAUGCCGACUUUCUUUCGGACUCUUCGAUUGUUUCCGAGAUCCCUCAUGAGAGGGCGUCAUUUUAA